AUUAAUAAUAAGUUUCUUUUUGAAACUCAAUUACUUGAAAAUUAGUGGGGAUUUAAAAUGUGAAAUGUUUGUUUUUAUAACAUAAAUACUCGUGGGUAAUACUUAUUGUUUAGUUAUUUCUCAUACAUUUUAAAAAUACUUUUAAUGAUUUUUCCAAGUCUUCGUUUAGAAUCAAAAUAUUUGGAAAUAGUAAAUCAAGGUAGCAAGUUCUUUAAUAUGCGGUCGGUGCUUGGCGGUGCAUCGCGUGCCCUGGAUAUAUUCUCUGCAGCUAAUAAAACUAGAUUCAUAUAAAACGAAAAUUGAUCGACCGAGAUUAUAAAAGCUCAGAAGAUAAACACGGAAUUCCAUUUCAACGACGACACUGCACGAUUAUUCGCCUCACCAUUUUGCUAGUAUUGAGGAGAAGGAUCCAUAAUGUACCAUACCGGGAGCAAUACCGCCAAAAAACAACGAUCUAGUGCCAGCUAUUUGGUUAGGCCAAAAUUAGGAGCCUUGAGAUCAUUAUACUCCAAUAGACCUCUGUCUUCAUUGUCAAAUGAGAAAAGGAAGAAAUCAAAAAAAUCCGUUAUUCCCAAAAUGGAUUUUAGAAGAAAGCCCGAUUAUGCCGAUACCGCCUAUCGUGAAGCUGUAGGUCGUUUAAGAAUUCUUCUAGCUGAGAGUUACACACCAAUUAGAAGCCGAGUAUACAAUCCAAGACCACUUAGAGAAUUAGACAGUGCUGGAGAGGAAACAGAUAAUCAAUCCAUGAUCAGCGGAGGCAGUAGAACUUCUAGAAUAGGAAGGCCAUAUUACAACUACAAUUAUGCACCAGUUAUUCCUAGAAAGUACUAUUAUCCUCCAUUAAAAAGUAAUAUCAACACCUUGCAUACAGAAAAUGUGGAAAAGAAUCCUCCACCUGAAACAGUUAAAUUUGAGAACACUGCGACAGCUCCACCGGAGCUAAUGUCUUUUAUAGAGCGUCAGGAGGAUUAUAUAGAGCAGCUAGAAAAAGAGUCAAGAUUUUGUAAAGAUGAACUAUCGUCGCUGUUAUCAAAAGUAAAAGAAGUUAUCAGUGAAAACGAACAUCUGCACGAGAAGCAAAAAUCAAAACUGAUCAAAUCUGUUUUUGAUCAUUUGGAAACUGAGACAGAAACAGAAACUGAGAUUGAUCUUACCGAUAAAAACACAUCAAAAUCACCAAAAAAAUCCAGAAAAACUAGAAUCAUAGACGGUCCAGCUAUUGUAUUUGAAUCCAGGAUAUCUGAAUUAGAAGCUCAAUUAACACAGGCAAGAAUUGAUUUGAAAAAAUCUCAAGAAGAUAACGAAGCGCUUAGAAGAAAAUUAUCAGACGGUUCUUUUUUCGAAGGGAGUACUUACGAAAAUUUAAGCAAACAGUUGGACGGGUGCAACAGGGAAAAACAAGAGCUGCUUGAUAAAAUUAAAACUCUGCAAUUGGCAUUGUCUAAGCUUCGUGAUAAAGAGAAUGAUACGUGCGAUCAGGUAAAGAGAAGCUUAGAUGUAGCGGAACAAGCACAAUACGAAAAAAGUGCAGCUGAAAUUGAAAUAAGACGAUUAAAAGACGAAUUGGAAAGGCAGCAUAUGAAACUGAGAGAUGCUAUAGCUGAUCAAAGUCGAAGAAUAUCCGAUGAAAGAUCUGCGGUUGAAAGAAGAUACACUCAACAAAUUGAACAAUUAACUGCUGAAGUAGGAGUCCAGUGGGAAACUACAAAUAAAUUACAAUUAGAAUUAGAUAAACAAAGAAGAGAAAAUACCGACUUGAGAAGGGAAUGUGCUCAAAAGCAGGCUCUUAUUGACGAAUUAAAGAAGGACAUGCAAAGUAAAAUACUUACUCUUCAAUCCGAUAUUGGUGCAACUGGUGCAGAAAAAAGCGCAUUAGAGCAACAAAUCGCAACAUUAAAUAUGUCCAAUGAAAGGACUGAACGGCAGUACAAGCAGGAAAUCACUCGUCUGCAGGCUGAAAUUCAGUCCUUGAGACAGAGACUUGACAGAGCAGACGCGGACUUAAUUCACAGCAGAAGGGAAAAUAUUCGGUUGACGGAACAAGUGGCCUCACUGGAAAAGGAGAUUAAUUUGAAUACUGCUUUAAACGAGGAGCGUUCGAAAUCUGUGACUCCAAGAUCAGGCAAUAUUAUGGCCCUACCUCCACCCACUCCGAAAAAGGAGGACCGUGAGAAGGAACUUACAUCCAUGAUACAAGAUAUGGAGAAUAAACACGCGGCUACAGUAGCCGAGCUAGAGACCAUGAUCCACUCCCAAAAUCAACUCAUGGACAAACUGUCAUCCGAAUGCCACGCCCUCACACGGAAACUCGAAGAUGCCAGCCACAGGCAUAAGGAGGAAAUACGGGAACUACAAACUAGCCUAGAUCAAUUAAGCAAUAGAUUUAGUCAGACACAAUAUGCUUCUCCAAAUUUAAAAGAUGAAAACCUUCCUGCAAUCGGCAAUCAACGAAACUCACCCUCAUUGCAAACCCCCUCUACCUCACCACGUCCUGAAGCACAAGGCAUCGUCCGCUCGGAAAGUCGGUCGUCUUUGAAGCACCCAAGUCGAGCAUCGUCACGACAUCCCAGCCAAGAGAAGCUACCCAUUGCGGCGACUCGGACUUCUCCCACUCCCCAACAAGAACGCAAGUUUAGCCAACAGACCGUUGACGACAAUCAGCAAUUCGGCCACGACAGUUCUGGCCUACAGCAACCUACAGCCGACCUUAGCGGACAACAAUACUCCGAAGGAUAUGAAUAUCCUGGUGGUCAACACCAAACUGAUCAACAGUAUGCUCAAGAUCAAUAUAUGAAUGACCCUAAUGUACAAUAUUCCGCACAAGAUUAUGGUGCCGACCAGCAAUACGGCACUGACCAGGGGCAGUAUCAAUAUGACCCUAAUGUGCACUACGAUCCAAAUCAACAAUAUAAUCAAAUGUAUGACCCUAACCAGCAAUAUGAUUCUAGUCAACACUAUGACCCUAAUCAGGUGUAUGCUGACGGGAAUCAAUAUGCAGGGACAGUGGAGGGUCAAAGCUCCAGUCAAUAUUAUGAAGAUCCAUCUCAGUAUGCACAGAGCACACAAGAAUUACCAGUAAGAACACAAGAAUUACCAGAACCUAAUAAAAAUCCACCUCAGAAUCAAUAACUUAAACACACAGAAUACUUGUUAAAGUAGUUGCUAAGUUCUUGUUGAGGAAUCAGUAAUUUUUAAGUGCAAUAUUUUGUUUUAAUAUUAUAGCUAAAUUUUGUGUUAUGUUUAAGCUACUUAGAGUUUAUAUCAUAGUAAGGAAAAAAAUGUAUAAAACUUUGCUAAUA